AUGCAUCUGCACAAGUCUUUAGCGCAGAAGAGGAAAGAAAACAGAGAACGAGAGCAAGAGGAGGAAAAACUGAAAAAGAAGAAUCCAUUAUUGAAGUAUUUUAAAAAGGAAAAACAUACGGAGCAAACAACUAUAAUGCAGACUGACUCUGAGGAAGAUGAAGUACAUCAUCAAGAACCAGAAAAGGAGAUCGCUUGCUGCAGCACAUCUAAAACAACUGACCCUGAAGCUCUAGUUGAACUGUUACGAGAAGAGAUGGAAGCUCCACCUCCAAGCAGCGUUUCUAACACACAGGAAAUUGUACAGGAAGAAUUGGAUUGGAAAGAUCCAGCUCUGUGGCCAGAUGUUCUGAAAGACAAAGACCAGGGAAAAAUUGUGAUUGGUGGGCUAAGAAAAGAAGAGGAACUAAAAGAAAUGAUUAAAGGUAUGGAUAAAGAUUAUAAAGAACAAUCCUUUAGUGAGUUUCUCAUAUAUUCAAAGUCAUCUAAUGGACGAGAGAGACAUAUUCGGGACUGGCUCAAGUGGAGUCCUACCAAGAAUGUGCUGUAUUGUGUAACCUGCUUGGCAUUUUCGUCUAAUCGUGUCAAAGCGACUAGCAUGCUUUGUAAGAAAGAAGGAUUUGAUCCAUCAAAAAAAAAAGUGGCAUUUGCUUUACAUCAAACUGCCAGAACAUGAAAACUCCAUUAUUCAUAAACAACACUACUGGAGUUGGAGAAAACUUCAAAUGUCCAUGGCGGGGCAUGGUGUGGAUUCUAAUCUGCAAAAAAGUUUGGAAACCGAAACAAACAAAUUUUCUUCUUUGUUAGAAAGACUUCUGGAUGUAACUUUGUUUUUGGCAUCAAGAAAUCUGGCUUUUCGGGGAAGCUCGCAAAGAAUUGGAGACCAGCACAAUGGUAAUUUCCUUGGUCUACUUGAAUUGAUAGCACACUAUGAUCCAGUGCUCCAAGAACAUUUAGAGGAAGUGAAGAAAAGUCAAGAGACUGGAAAAAAACUGCAUGCACACUAUUUAUCCUGGGCAACACAAAAUGAGUUCAUAAACCUAUGUGGAAAGCAUGUUCUGAAUACAAUACUCAAAGAAAGAGAAAAGGGAAUUUAUUUUUCUGUGAUAUGUGAUGCAACACCAGAUGUUUCACACACAGAACAAAACGUAAUUGUUUUAAGGUAUGUCUACAAUGAACCAGGGUCUGAAGACUGGACUAUUCAAGAAAGGUUCAUUAAAUAUUUUGACUUCUUCCAUAAGACUGGAGAGGAAAUAGCAGAAAUGCUAUUAUCAAGACUACACAAACAUGGCAUCAAUGUCAAGGAUUGUAGAGGUCAGGGCUUUGACAAUGGAGCCAAUAUGUCUGGGAAAAAUAAAGGAGUCAGAGCUCGCAUACAGGAAAAGUAUCCGAAAGCUAUAUUUUGUUCAUGUGCUUCACACUCCUUGAAUCUUGUGGGUGUGCAUGCAGCAUCAUGCUGCCCUGAUGUGAUCACUUUUUGGGAUGUGUGAAUCGCCUAUACACACUUUUUAGUGGAAGUCCUGAGAGGUGGAAUAUUUUGAAUUAAACGACUGGUGGUUCAUUGCAUGGCCUGAGUGACACCAGAUGGAGUGCCAGGAUAGAAGCUGUUCGUCCUAUUGCUCAAAAACUUCCCAGCAUUUUGGAAUCCUUGGAGAAAAUAUUAUCAUCCAGAAAAUUUUCAAGUGAAGCUCAUUCAGAAGCUGUAGGCCUUAAAGACUAUUUUUCAUCUUUCAAAGCUGUCAUCCUGGCAACUUUCUGGGUGAAAGUUCUUCAAUGUUUUGAAGAUAGGAACAAAAUUCUUCAGUCCCGAUCAAUUUCACUGGAAAUUGGAGCAGAAAAUAUCAAGGCCCUUUCUGCGGAAAUGCAAUUACUCCGGGAAUGGUGGCUUUCUCUACUUUCUGAGGCUAAGCAUGUGGCAGGUAAUUUGGAAAUACCAACGGUACUGAAAACACAGAGAAGCCGGCAAAGGCAGAAGAAACAACACACUGAAUUGGGCAGUGAAGACCAAGAAUCUGAAGAAGAAUUUAAGGUAAAUGUUUUCUUUGUGGCACUAGAUUCUGUCAUUAGUGAACUAAACCAACGGUUUAAUUCUAUGGAAAAUGUGUGCAGUUUAUUUGCUCCCAUUUUAAAAUUUAGAACAAUAUCGGAUGAAGAACUUGUGACAUCCACUGAAAAUCUUAUAUCCAAAUACCCUGAAGAUCUUACAGUUUCACUGUUAAGCGAAAUUCAGCACCUUCGCAAAGUUUUUGAUGCCACAUUUGCAAGCAGCUUGGGUCCACUGGAUUUGCUGAAAUCUAUAUACAAGCUACAGCUUUGCAUUGCUCUCAGAAUAUUUGCUUAUCUUCCACUUUCUGUGGCUGAAGGAGAGAGAGCGUUUAGUAAACUAUCUCUGAUUAAAAACUAUCUGCGUUCAACAAUGAGCGAAAAUCGUCUAAACAGCCUUGCUAUUCUUUCUAUAGAGCAUGAACUUGCCCGCACUCUUAACUUCAAAGACUUAAUUACAGAUUUUGCCAUACUUAAAAUAAGAAGAUGGUAUAUCAUGUUCUUCAGACACGUUAUAUUUGUACUCUGCCAACUUCUUAGGUAUGGUGGUUACCCACAUGCCUUCAGACUUUUUGAUUGUGUGUGA